AUUACUUCACUUCGCAAGUUUACCUAAACGGUGUAGGAGAAGUGUCCAACAUUCGUUAAUCGUUGACUGGGAUAAUGCAUGCUUGACCGAGAGUAUUUACCUAAUCAACAAUUAGCAGCACUGAAAACCUGCAGGACAUCAGGUUAUAAGCAGAUAGGACGGUGUUUCAGACUAUGGUCACUUUAGGACAAUCCAGUGGCUCCAAGGAGGAUACAGAGGCCAUCAUGCCUCAGGAACAAGAACCGGAGAAGAGAAGACUACAGUCCCACUCCCAACUAUAUGGAGCCAUCACCGGGGACAGCAUAGGCAACCUAGGAGAUACUUGCCCGACUUGUUGGGGAGUAGGGCGUAUUCCAAGAGGACAUGAUCAGCGAGUGGCAGUCAUUCCAUGUUCGGACAAAAGACUGAGGCCCAGCCGGACGAAACUCUAUGUGUGUAUCUCGGUGGUGCUGUGUCUCCUGAUCUGCUGUCUGAUCCUCUUCUUCCUCUUCCCACGAAGUAUCUCACUGUCCCUUGUCGCCAUCCAAUCAGUGAUGGUCUUCUUCACCCCACACACAGUUGAAAUGCAAAUCAUGAAUGUCAUCAGUGUCACCAAUGAGAACUUUCAGGAUAUUCAAGUCUUGGAUUUUGAUAUACAAGUGCUGAUCGCUGAAACAGUGGUGGGCAGGAUCAAGAUAUCUAAUAUGACCGCAGUCAAAUCACGUUCAGAGAAAGCGUAUGCUGUUGUCAUACCCAUAACAAUUGAGGACCCAGGCCUGAAUAAUUACUGCAAGUCAUCCACCAUAAGGAUUCACACCUUGUUCUUGCAUUUGCAAAUGACAAUGGACGUUUCCUUCCAGGCUCACUCGGAGCAGCUGUCCAAAGACACCUUUGAGUACAUUGACUGUGGAGCCAACACCACCAUCCCCCACCAUAUCAGGCAAAUGAUUUUUGAAAGAUGAAAGCCUGUAAAUGAUGGAUCCCCAAAGUGGAAAUAUGUAUUAUAAACAAGAUAGACUCUAAGGAAUACGGGCCUCUUCCAUUCUGUCUUAAGCGGUCAUAAAAAGUAUAUUGAUUAUUUUUUUCUUGAAGAGGCUCCUUGUCAAAGGGAAAUGUAUACGUAUUGUAUUGUAGUAGACAAUAGUAUUAUAGUAUUGUCCUCUGCUCUGUCCACAUUAUUUGCUGUGCAAUAUUCUUCUGAAGUAGUUUUCUGAAUGAUUUAUGAACUGUGAAAGUAGAUGUUGUAUUGUUUUGUUGGUUGUUUUAACAUAAUUGUAGGGAUUUAAAACAUACACUGAGUGUACAAAACAUUAGGAAAAUCUUCCUAAUAUUGAGUUGCACCCCCUUUUGCCCUC